AUGUGUGAUUUGUGCGCACCCGCUAAACCCGAGGAAAAAACAUUCGACGACUUAGUCAAGCUAGUACGGGAGCAUUUGGAACCCGCGAGAUCGGAAAUAGCGGAACGACACAUCUUCCGUCAAAGAAAGCAGCUACAUGGAGAAAGUAUACGCGAAUACCUACAGAAUUUAAAACAUCUGGCCAAAACGUGUAACUUCGGGUCAGGUCUCGAGGUCAACCUUGGCGAUCAAUUCGUGUCGGGGCUGCUGAGCGAGGAGAUGAGGUUGAGGCUAUUUGCCGUACGGGCUAUCGACUACAAGCGCGCCGUGGAGCUUGCCCUGGCGCUGGAGGCGGCAGAGAAGCAUGCGGCGGUGGGCGCUCUGGCGGGCGCGGCGGCCGGACGACGGGCUGCAUCGCGUGGGGGCGGCGCGGCGGCGGAGCGCGGGCGCGUCGGCGUCAGCGUCGGCGCCGCCGGACGACGGGCUGCAUCGCGUGGGGGCGGCGCGGCGGCGGAGCGCGGGCGCGUCGGCGUCAGCGUCGGCGCCGCCGGACGACGGGCUGCAUCGCGUGGGGGCGGCGCGGCGGCGGAGCGCGGGCGCGUCGGCGUCAGCGUCGGCGCCGCCGGACGACGGGCUGCAUCGCGUGGGGGCGGCGCGGCGGCGGAGCGCGGGCCCGGCGGCGGCGGCGACGGCCGCGCCGCGGGCGCCGUGCGCCGUGCGCGCUGCGGCAAGACCGGUCACGCGGAGGGCAGAUGUCGUUACAAACAUUUUUCAUGCGACGCGUGCGGUGAAAAAGGCCAUUUGAAAGUGAUGUGCAGAAAGGAGGUAUCUAAAAAGUCAUCAAAAGUUGAAAACAUCCGCAAGGCGCGCCGCGCCGGGUCAUUUUCGUCGGAAAACUCGUCGGAAUGCAUAACAAAACACAUCUAA